AUGUGUGUUGUUUACAAUAGAGAGCGAUAAAGCGAGCUGCUGUACAAUGUCCAAAGUGGAAGAGAGCUAGUGUUAUUGAUGGCCAGUGUCUCGGUUAAUGUCUAACUAAGCUAUACACAGCCUGCUCGAGGGUAUGUUAGAUUUUAGCUGGGUUCUUUAGGAUCUUUCGCGUGCUGGCCUUAAGGGCACGCAUUCUUCCUGCGUGACUUGAGUCUCGUGUUGAUGCGCGUCAACACAUCAGAAGCGCCGCACAUGUUCCAGCUUUAUAGCAUAUCACGCUCAUGAAGCAGUAAUAUAACCACGCUGAAGCUCCUGGCUCGUUUCUAAUACGCGUCGAUCACACACGAGUGAUUGUUUGGGUGCUGAUUUCUCUCAGAGACGUGGUUUAAUGGGGCAGUGUGGUGAGCCUAGCUGCCCCGCUUCACCACGUGUUUGCUGCUCAGGCUGCGUGUCUGAGUUCACGCGCAUCUGCGCUGUUUUCUUUUCUGUCCAUUGUUAGGGCUUUUCCAGUGAGUUGUGGAUUUAAAGCGCAGAUCGUGCUGUAUGUGUUAUUUCCUGAGAGCACGCGUUCUGCAUGCUGUUUGUGUCACCGCUUUAGCGUGUUAUAAUGCAGUAUGGGGAAAUGCUAGUGAACGAGCACGCGCUGUGUUUGUUUAAAAAAAAAAACUCUUCACGCGCAGUGAACGUGUACGUGCUGCACAUGAACUACUUCAUUUCCUCAUAUCCAGCAUGGAUGAAAUCCUAAUUCUAAGCACAGUGGUUAAUCAACCCCCCACCCCCUUAAUUUCACUCUGGUCAAGGUUAGUAUAGCCUUCUGAGUCUUAGAGAAGGGGAUAGGGGUGUUUUUGUUCUUCAUCAGACUGAGGCAGAUGAUAAGGGGCACCAUCUGCUGCUUUGGACAACCAAAUUAGCCAUUGGGGUUAGAAAAAAAAAAGGUGUUUAUUUACAAAAGCUUAGGGGCGCACAAUAUUGCAUGGUCAAUGUGAUAAAUAUCACAAUAAGCAUUUCAGAGUAACCAUACUGUCAGGUGUCUUUAUAGUCACAAUAACCUUUUCCUGAGUAUUGCUAUAUCCAUGUGUCAGUACUCACUGCAAUAAGUAAAUAAUUGGAUAAUAAAUCAUAUGUUUGUACCAAUUGUUUCAUUUCCUAGUCCUUUUCACCAUUAAAUAAGUAAAUUAAUUAAACUCUGAACUUGUUGUUUUUCCAUCAUGGCUCAAAUGAUGUAUUGCUGCAUUUUCAGCAAAGCCUCACAACAACAACAAAAAAAACAUGUGUCCAAGCCCUUGCACCAUCCUUGAUUGUAUCUGUUUACGCCGGAUAAGAAGCAGAGGAAAUCAAUGAAGAUCAGAGGUCAACCUGGUUUAAGAUCCGUGAUGAGAGAGCCAGGGUCAGCACAAGUCUGAGUUAGAGACGCAAGCGUCUGUGUGCUGUUUUUCAGACACUGACGAGCAAGCAGGAGCGGUAUCCAGCGCCAGAUAAAAGACGUAUCGCACGUAAUUAUGUCUUACUACAACAGAGAACUGGUCGUGUACUUCAUCAAGUACAAGCUCUCCCAGAGAAACUACCCCUGCAACCACAUCGGGCUCACGGAAGAUGCGAAUGGAACUGAGGGAGGCCAGGAGGAGGAAGUGCACGCAGAGGGAGCGGCAGAAUUGGAGACGCCGACAGCAGUCGUUAAUGGCUCCAUAAACGGGACAGGUUCGGCAGGGACUCCUCCACGAUCGCCGACUUUGUCCCCUCAGAGGCAGGUGAAUGGUAGUGCAAGCCUGGAGGCAGUAAAGGAGGCACUGCGUGACUCGGCCAACGAGUUCGAGCUGCGCUAUGCACGCGCCUUCAGCGACCUUUCUUCACAGUUGCAUAUCACUCCAGUCACGGUGUACCAGAGCUUUGAGAGUGUGAUGGACGAGGUGUUCCGCGACGGUGUCAACUGGGGCCGUAUCGUGGGCUUGUUCGCCUUCGGAGGUGCCCUCUGUGUCGAGUGCGUGGAAAAAGAGAUGAGUCCGCUGGUGGCACGUAUCGCUGAGUGGAUGACCGUCUACCUGGACAACCACAUCCAGCCCUGGAUCCAAGAGCAAGGAGGAUGGGAACGUUUCGCAGAGAUCUUCGGGAAAGACGCAGCAGCAGAGAGCAGAAGGUCGCAGGAAAGCUUCAAGAAGUGGCUGUUGGCAGGGAUGACGCUGUUCACGGGGGUGGUGGUGGGCUCCUUCAUCGCUCAGAAGCGGCUGUAAAGAUUACUGAAGACACAGCAUCGGCCUCCACCCAGUAUACACCUCAGACAUACAUGAAGGAACUUUUACCCUCUGAAAGUUUUUUUGUUUUGUUUUGUUUUGUACUUGUUUUGUUUUCUUUGCCAAGAAUUGUCAUGUUUACACCCUCCUCCUGUCGCGGUGCACUGUGGACUGUGUGAGUGGCCCAAGCACAACUGUAAACUUCAUAUACACAGUCCCAACCUGGUGAAAGGGGACUUGUUACUUGGCCCAAAAGAGUGAUAUUGCUCAAUAUCAUAAGACUUGCAUUGCUUAAAUCACCUUUUUUUUUAUUUUAAAGAAUUGAUCACUUGUCAGAGACUGUCCAAAUGGAUCACUUAUUUCUGUUUGUUCUUUGUUAAACAAAAAAAAAUCAUUAUUUUCUGCUUUAGUCUUUUUAAAUAUACACAUUAUUAUUUUAUCUUCAAAGAGGACAGCAAGUAGCAAUGAUACAGAUCUCAUUUGAGAACUGAGUUUAUAAGUGAAGUAUCUACUCACAGGUUCUAGGUGGAGUCUCACUUCAUGUUUUUGAUCCUUCAGAGGCUUGUAGAAUGGACUAGCAAACAUGUUCAAAACCUUGCACUACAGUUCAAGUCCUUUCUGAGUCCACUGUGGGAGUUCUUCGCAAUGUGGCCUCUUUCCCAGUAAGGGGCACUGAGGGGAAAAAGAUUUGCUUAACUUUGGUCAUUUUAGCAAGUAAAUUCUGGGCAAUUCUGUAGGUUAGUGUUGAGUUUCAGGCUAAUUUACAUCCAGAAAAAUGCCCUGAAAUGUUGAGUGUGAUGCUACGUAUGGGACAGAAGCUUUGUUAAAGCUAUUCAUUUUUCUAAAUGACCAAGUGCUCUCUGAGAUAUGUGAGAGCCUGUUCGGAUAAAAGAGCAACUAAGUUAAAUUUCUGUGUGUGUUUUUUUUUUUUUUUUUUUUUUUUUUUUUUUUUUAAAUGUUUCAUUAUUAAACCUAAAUUGGUUGAAAUUGUGGUAACUUACUUUACACCAUUGGGAGUAUUGUAAUGAGAGCUAGAGCUGGCCCUCCUGUCUCUGUUCUUGUUGCCACACUGCAUCAUAAACGCGUAACGUUUAGACUAAACUUAGAUUAAAACACAUCUCGACAAGAGUCCACUGUGUCUUGUGUGAAUUUGGUGGUGGUUUAUGUCCUACUUGGCUUUAAAAGUUGAGAACACCAUCAGAGCAGGUUGUAGAUGAGAUGCUUAGUUCAGUCUAGCUUGCUUUAGUUAUAAUUAACUUAACAGCCAGUGAUUUAUGGUAAUUCUCGAAAUGCUAUUUUGCUGUGAGUGUUAGUGAGUGGGUGGGUGCUUCUAUUGUAAGUGUACGUCCUUGUUUAUUUACAGCAAACAUAAUUUUAUUUUGCUGUUUAAAAAUGAAUGAAUGUUUCACAUCGCUUUCUAGCAUUUUCCCCAGAUCUGCUUGAAAUCCUAACAGCUCAACCAUCUACGGUGCACGAAGGUGCUGUAAAGGGGUCAAAGGUGUGUGUGGAAUGAGAAAUGUGCCACUCCAAUCUCAAUUGAAAAUGUACAAAUCUGAAUUUCUAUGCCUUUAUUUUAAAUUAUUUGGAAAAUGAAAAUAUUUUGAAGUUGAAUUACAUCAAAUUGAAAUUAUGUUCCAUGGCAUGAAUUUGUGUGCAAGGCUUCAAAUUCAGUUUUAUAAUUUUAUCGAUUAUUCUAAAGUGAAUUGAUGUAGAAAAUUCAAAUAAAUUUGGUGGGGCCACAAUCCAUUUCCAAUGCAAUUCAAAAUGUGUGCGCGUGAGUGCGUGUGUGCACGAGUGCGUGUGUGUGUGCGUGCGUGCGUGCGUGCGUGUGUGUGCGUGUGUGUUUGGUGGGGGUGUGUGUAUGUGGGUGUGUGGGCGUGUGUGUGCGCGUGUGUGGGGCAGGGUGUGUGUGCGGGUGGGUUGGGGGUGCCCAUGCUCAAUCCUGAGCAUGAGUUACUAUUUGUGCGGGGUUUGAAACCUUGUGUACAUGUAAUCAAACUACAAAACAUCACUUACAAAUUCAAAUUAAUACAUUUUAAAUUCAGAUCGUAGUGGUGCAUUUCUCAUUCCAUAGGUAAGGACCAUUUUCAAGGAGGUGCCCUGGGAAAGUAAACUGUCUGGAUUAACCAGUCAGGGGGCUCAAAAUUCCUACUGCGGAGCCUGAGAAUGCAAGUUGCCAUUCAGCAUCUGUUCCAUGUCAAUGGCUACAUCCGAAACUGCAUACAAGCCUACUAAGUAGUAUGUCAAUAGAAUACACCAUAUAUGCAUUAUUGUAGAAUGCGCCGUAGCCACUUCAGAGACAAACUUUUGGAGUGUUAAAAUGAUUGGGAUGUGACACGUUUUAGAAUUAUAAAUUAUGUCUUUUCAUUUAAGUUGUGAAUGCUUUAAUGGCCUUUGGGCCUAACAGACCAUCUCUCCCAAUGUCUCGCUCUCAUCUGCCAUCUCUACGUCUUUACUGCUGUGUUUAAUUGUAAGUUAGUUGCUUUCGCUGUCACGGCGGCUGAAGCUGCUCAUCACUCAGUGAGGCCACCUGCUGCUCUGCACCUUACAGUGACCGGAAGCAAACAUACCUGGCUUCAAAAUGCAUUUUAUUCAAAAAGUCAAACAUGUUUUCUGUCUGAUAUCGAUAAUGGUGAUUCACUUUGUCACCUGAACAGAAUCGCAAAAGGUUUUAGGAACACAAGAUAAAAUCUCUCAGGCUGAAUCCCAAACAGUCUCCUACUUUCUAUAUAGGUUCACUAUAUAGGGUAUAAAAUCAAUUCUCUUUUCAUACCACAUCUAGUGAACUGCUUGCUCACUGGGGAUUCGCCAUUGAAAAGAAUUUGACUAGCAAAAAUAGAAAUCCACUCAUCUACAAAGUUUUUUUUUUGCAUAUCUAAAUAAAUUAAUAGGAUUAAUAUGUAUCAUAUACUCACACUCUCAGUCAAGAGUAACAAAUUAAGAGGUACAUUUUACUUCAAACCCAGCUGACCAAUGCCAAGCUACAUGCUGAAAAGACAUAACACAUGGCAUUGAUCUGGGAUCUUCACCUGCCCAAAAAUGUAUAUUACAGCUGCUCUGUAGACACUGAUUUAUCAGAAUGCAUUCCAUAUAAAGUCGCUGCUUGCAUGCUCUGUGUGUACGCGUGUGUGUGUGUGUGUGUGUGUGUGUGUGUGUUUACCAGAUGAGAAAGACUGAGUGUUCUGUGGCGAUAGUGUAUAAGAACAGCUUAGCAGAGUGAAAUGACCUUGGCAGGACACUAUGUAAACUAGGUAACUUAAAUUACAUUUAGAGUAGCAUAUUAGCAUAGCUAAAAUAUUUAAAGCCUCUUGGAUGUCUUGAAAAUAUUUAUGAUAACACAUAGUGUUCUUUCCUAUGGCCUUAAACUCCAUUAUUUCUUUGAGGUGUUUUGUUACUCAUUGUGUUUGUACUUAGUCGAGUUCACCUGAAAAUAAGAAGACAAAAAAGAAACUAUUUUUUUAAAGCUUUUGGUUUAUUUAAACACCACCAUCUCCCAAAUUGAAUGUUUUAUGUCUUAGAAAUUUUUUAAUGUCUAUCAUCAAAAGUGAAUAAAGACCAAUCGCAAAAAGGA